AUGUCUAUCAGAACUCUCGCCAGACAUUGGCGCGUGCCCAAGAUGACCACUGCGGCUUACAGAAUGGCCAGCCUGGCCAGGACGUACGCCUCGCAAGUGGAGAAGGCAUCGACUUACGCAGGAGCCGGUAUUCUUUCUGGGUUCACUGGAGAGAACGCACACCAGCUUGUUGAUGUGUCGAAAGUUUUGGUGAUUGGAUCGGGAGGAUUGUCGAUCGGACAAGCUGGAGAGUUCGACUACUCCGGAUCUCAGGCCAUCAAGGCUUUGAAGGAGGCCGACAAGCAGUCGAUCCUGAUCAACCCUAACAUUGCUACCAAUCAGACCUCGCAUGCUCUUGCUGACGAGAUCUACUAUUUGCCCGUGACUCCUGAGUAUAUCACGUAUAUUAUUGAGAAGGAGAAGCCUGACGGAGUGCUGUUGACUUUUGGAGGUCAAACUGCGCUCAAUGUUGGUGUGAAGCUUGAAAAGCUUGGUGUUUUUGAAAAAUACGGAGUUAAGGUUCUUGGUACUCCUAUCAAGACUCUGGAGACUUCUGAGGACAGAGAUCUGUUUGCACAGGCGUUGAACGAGAUCAACAUUCCAAUUGCCGAGUCCAUUGCUGUGGAGACCGUUGACGACGCACUUUCUGCUGCCAGCAAGAUCGGAUACCCGAUCAUUGUCAGAUCUGCCUACGCUUUGGGAGGACUUGGAUCUGGAUUUGCUGCAGACGAGACUGAGCUUAGAAACCUGGCCUCGCAGUCGCUUUCGCUUGCUCCCCAGAUUCUUGUCGAGAAAUCUUUGAAGGGAUGGAAAGAGGUGGAAUAUGAGGUUGUCAGAGACAGACUUGGCAACUGUAUCACUGUCUGUAACAUGGAGAACUUUGAUCCUUUGGGAAUCCACACUGGAGACUCCAUUGUGGUUGCUCCCUCGCAGACUCUUUCUGACGAGGAGUACCAUAUGUUGAGAUCUGCUGCCAUCAAGAUCAUCCGUCAUUUGGGAGUCGUCGGAGAGUGUAACGUCCAAUACGCUUUGCAACCAGACGGACUGGACUACAGAGUCAUUGAGGUGAACGCUCGGUUGUCCAGAUCGUCUGCUUUGGCCUCCAAGGCCACUGGUUACCCGCUUGCCUACACUGCUGCCAAGAUCGCUCUUGGCUACGCUCUGCCUGAACUGCCUAACCCGGUCACCAAAACCACCAGUGCCAAUUUCGAGCCUUCGCUCGACUACAUCGUGACCAAGAUCCCAAGAUGGGACUUGUCCAAGUUCCAGCACGUGAAGCGCGAUAUCGGCUCGGCCAUGAAGUCUGUUGGUGAGGUGAUGGCCAUUGGCCGUAACUUUGAGGAGUCUUUCCAGAAGGCCAUCAGACAGGUCGACCCAUCGUUUGUUGGGUUCCAGGGCGCCAAGUUCGAGGACCUGGACUACGAGCUGUCCCACCCUACUGAUAGAAGAUGGCUGGCUGUUGGCCAGGCUCUGUUGCACGAGAACUACUCCGUGGAGAAAGUGCACGAAUUGUCCAAGAUCGACAAAUGGUUCCUUUACAAGCUAAGCAACAUCGUUGAGAUGCAAAAGGAGAUGGAGAACAUCGGCUCUCUUUACGGAAUCACCCAAGACGUGAUGUCCAGAGCAAAGAAGCUUGGAUUUUCGGACAAACAGAUCGCUGUUGCUGUUGGAGCCAGCGAGAUGGAGGUUCGUAGCAGAAGAAAGUCGUUUGGCCUUACUCCGUUCGUCAAGAAGAUUGACACGUUGGCUGCCGAGUUCCCUGCUGACACCAACUACCUCUACACCACGUACAAUGCCACGUCUCACGACGUCAAGUUCGACGAGUUCGGAACCAUGGUGCUUGGAUCGGGUGUGUACCGUAUUGGAUCGUCUGUGGAGUUCGACUGGUGUGCCGUCUCGACCGCCCGUGCUUUGAGAGACUCUGGCAGAAAGACCAUCAUGAUAAACUACAACCCAGAAACCGUCUCGACCGACUUUGACGAGGUGGACAGACUCUACUUCGAGGAGCUCUCUUUCGAGAGAGUGAUGGAUAUCUACGAACUUGAAAACGCCAAGGGAGUCGUUGUUUCCGUGGGAGGCCAGCUUCCUCAGAACAUCGCUCUUACCUUGCAACAACAGGGUGCCAAGGUUCUUGGAACCAACCCUGAGGACAUUGACAAAGCUGAGGACAGACACAAGUUCAGCAGCAUUCUCGACUCCAUCAACGUGGAUCAGCCUGCCUGGAAAGAGCUCACUUCUGUGGCCGAGGCCGAGAAGUUUGCCGACGAGGUUGGCUACCCUGUGCUGGUCAGACCUUCUUACGUUCUUUCGGGAGCAGCCAUGUCUGUUAUCAGAUCCUCUUCUGAGCUGGACGAGAAGCUCACCAACGCUGCGGACGUGUCUUCGGACCACCCAGUGGUGAUCUCCAAGUUCAUCGAGGGUGCUCGCGAGAUCGACAUCGACGCUGUUGCUUCCCACGGUAAGGUGCUGGUGCACGCUGUUUCCGAGCACGUUGAGAACGCAGGUAUCCAUUCUGGAGAUGCCACUCUGGUUCUUCCUCCACAGAACCUGGACCAGGAGACCAUGGACAGACUCAAGGAGAUCGCAGACAAGGUUGCUGCUGCCUGGAACAUCACCGGUCCGUUCAACAUGCAAAUCAUCAAGGCAGAGAACCCGGCCGCCGGAAAGCCAGACCUUAAGGUGAUUGAGUGUAACAUCCGUGCCUCUAGAUCGUUCCCAUUCGUGUCCAAGGUGCUUGGAACCAACUUCAUUGAGGUUGCUGUCAAGGCGUUGAUAGACGACAAGGUUCCCGCUCCUGUCGACCUGAUGGCCAAGAGCUACAACUAUGUUGCUACCAAGGUUCCACAGUUCUCCUUCACCAGACUGGCUGGCGCCGACCCAUUCUUGGGCGUCGAGAUGGCUUCCACAGGAGAAGUUGCAUGUUUCGGUAAGGACGUUGUUGACGCUUACUGGACCUCCAUGCUGUCCACGAUGAACUUCCACGUUCCAAAGCCUCCAUCGGGAAUUCUGUUCGGCGGAGACCUGACCAACGACAACCUGGGUACCGUGGCCAAACAACUGAGUCCGAUCGGAUACAAGUUCUACACUGCCUCGGAGGCAGUCGCUGAGUACCUACGGAAAUACGUGGACGUGGAAAUCAAGGUGAUUGAGUUCCCUAAGGAAAAUAAAAGAGAGCUCAGAGAAGUGUUCCAGAACUACGACAUCAAGUGUGUGUUUAAUCUUGCCAAGCAGCGGGCCAAGGACCUGCUGGACGAGGACUACGUGAUGCGUAGAAACGCCAUUGAUUUUGCCAUUCCGUUGUUCAACGAGCCUCAAACCUCGCUUUUGUUCUCUCACUGUCUUUCGGUGAAGCUGCCAACAUUGCUGGCAAACGAGGCCCAAUCGGAGGUGGUUAUCCCAUCCGAGGUGCAGAGAUGGAGCGAGUUCAUUGGCGGAAAGCCGGUGUAA